UGUCCUCCCUUUCCGCUUCUCCUCCCUCUUGGUUGUCCUCGGGUUCGCAGGUCAUGGCAGCGCCGGGCAGCAGAUCGGAUCCGCCGCAGCUACCAGAGUACAGCUGCAGCUACGUGGUGUCGCGGCCGGUCUACAACGAGCUCGCCUUCCAGCAACAGCACGAGCGGCGCCUGCAGGAGCGCAGGACUCUGCGGGAGAGCCUGGCCAAGAGCUGCAGUUGUUCAAGAAGGAGAGCUUUUGGUGUGCUAAAGUCUCUCUUGCCCAUCCUGGACUGGCUCCCCAAAUACCGAAUCAAGGAAUGGCUGCUCAGUGAUAUCAUUUCAGGAGUUAGUACUGGACUUGUGGGUACACUGCAAGGAAUGGCAUAUGCUCUGCUAGCUGCAGUUCCUAUUGGAUAUGGCCUCUACUCUGCUUUUUUUCCUAUCCUGACAUACUUCAUCUUUGGAACAUCAAGACACAUUUCAGUUGGACCUUUCCCUGUGGUCAGUUUAAUGGUGGGAUCUGUUGUUCUAAGUAUGGCCCCCGACGAACAAUUUCUCAUGUCCAGCAAUAAUGGAAGUACCUUGAAUACUACCAUGCUAGAUACAGCAGCCAGAGAUACUGCAAGAGUAAUGAUUGCAAGCACCCUUACCCUUUUGGUUGGAAUCAUACAGCUGGUAUUUGGAGGUUUGCAGAUUGGAUUCAUAGUGAGGUACUUGGCAGAUCCAUUGGUUGGAGGAUUUACAACAGCUGCUGCCUUCCAGGUACUGGUCUCGCAGCUAAAGAUUGUCCUCAACGUUUCAACCAAAAACUAUAACGGAGUUCUCUCCAUUAUCUAUACUCUGGUAGAGAUUUUUCAAAAUAUUGGUGAGACAAAUCUUGCUGAUUUCAUUGCUGGAUUACUCACCAUUGUCAUCUGUAUGGCAGUUAAGGAAUUAAAUGAUCGAUUUAAACACAAAAUCCCAGUUCCUAUUCCUAUAGAAGUAAUUGUGACCAUAAUUGCCACUGCCAUUUCAUAUGGAGCCAACUUAGAAAAAAAUUACAAUGCUGGUAUUGUUAAAUCCAUCCCAAGGGGGUUUCUGCCUCCUGCACUCCCCCCGGUGAACUUGUUUUCCAAGAUGCUGACUGCAUCAUUUUCCAUCGCUGUGGUGGCUUAUGCUAUUGCGGUAUCUGUAGGAAAAGUCUAUGCCAUUAAGCACGACUAUACCAUCGAUGGGAACCAGGAAUUCAUUGCCUUUGGGAUCAGCAACAUCUUCUCAGGAUUCUUCUCUUGUUUUGUGGCCACCACUGCCUUGUCCCGGACAGCUGUCCAAGAGAGCACAGGGGGAAAGACACAGAUUGCUGGCAUCAUCUCUGCUGGGAUUGUGAUGAUCGCCAUUGUUGCCCUGGGGAAGCUUCUGGAACCCUUGCAGAAGUCAGUCCUGGCAGCUGUUGUAAUUGCCAACCUGAAAGGGAUGUUUAUGCAGGUGUGUGAUGUUCCUCGUUUGUGGAGGCAGAAUAAGACUGAUGCUGUUAUCUGGGUAUUUACAUGCAUCAUGUCCAUCAUUCUGGGGUUGGACCUGGGCUUACUAGCUGGCCUUCUAUUUGGACUAUUGACCGUGGUCCUGCGAGUUCAGUUUCCUUCAUGGAAUAGCCUUGGAAGCAUCCCUAGUACAGACAUCUACAAAAGUAUCAAGCAUUACAAAAAUAUUGAAGAACUUGAAGGAGUGAAGAUUCUUAGAUUUUCGAGUCCUAUUUUUUAUGGCAACGUCGAUGGUUUUAAAAAAUGUAUCAAGUCUACAGUUGGAUUUGAUGCCAUUAGAGUAUAUAACAAGAGGCUGAAGGCAUUGAGGAGAAUACAGAAACUCAUCAAAAAAGGACAGUUAAGGGCAACAAAGAAUGGCAUCGUUAGUGAUGCUGGUUCAUCAAAUAAUGCUUUCGAGCCUGAUGAAGAUAUUGAAGAUCCUGAAGAACUUGAUAUCCCAACCAAGGAAAUCGAGGUUCAAGUGGAUUGGAACUCUGAGCUUCCAGUCAAAGUGAAUGUUCCCAAGGUACCAAUCCAUAGCCUUGUGCUUGAUUGUGGAGCUAUAUCUUUCCUGGAUGUCGUUGGAGUGAGGUCAUUGCGGCUGAUUGUCAAAGAAUUCCAAAGAAUUGAUGUGAAUGUGUACUUUGCAUCACUUCAAGAUCAUGUGAUAGAGAAGAUGGAGCAAUGUGGCUUCUUUGAUGAUAACAUUAGAAAGGACACAUUCUUUCUGACUGUUCAUGAUGCUAUAAUCUAUAUACAGAACCAGGUUAAAUCCCAAGAUGGACAAGAUUCCAUUUUAGAAACGAUCACCCUCAUUCAAGAUUGUAAAGAUCCUCUUGAAUUAAUGGAAGCGGAGUUGACUGAGGAAGAACUUGAUGUCCAGGAUGAGGCUAUGCGUAGACUUGCUUCCUGAAAGUGGGAUCAGGAGGUCACUCACUGUAAACAAGGACUGCAAGGCAUAAUUUACCCAA